AUGUUCCCAAUUGAUUUGAUUGGCAGCAUUAAUGCUGAAGACCAAAAUGGAGAUAGAAGCAGCCUGUGGUAGCAACAAAGAUUGCAACUUUGGUCCUAAUGAGAGUGAUGUGGCAUACAGUGGCUUUGAUAGGGGAAGCUUCUUGGCAUGGGAAGAUCUUAGAGUGAUGCUACCAAACUUUGGGAAGGGACCAACUAAGAGAUUGCUUAAUGGACUUAAUGGGUAUGCUGAGCCUGGUAGAAUCAUGGCUAUCAUGGGUCCUUCUGGCUCUGGAAAAUCAACCCUUCUUGAUUCACUAGCAGGUAGACUCUCAAAAAAUGUGGUCAUGACAGGAAAUGUUCAUCUCAAUGGGAAGAAAAAAAGCCUAGGCUAUGGUUUUGUUGCAUACGUAACUCAAGAGGAUGUGCUACUGGGAACUCUUACUGUGAAGGAAACCAUAUCUUAUUCAGCACAUCUACGCCUACCAACUACAAUGACCAAAGAAGAAGUUAGUAGCAUUGUGGAUGGAACAAUCAUAGAAAUGGGUCUCCAAGACUGUGCUGAUAGGUUGAUUGGUAACUGGCACUUGAGAGGUAUAAGUGGUGGGGAGAAGAAAAGACUUAGCAUUGCACUUGAGAUCCUUACAAGGCCUCGCUUACUAUUUCUUGAUGAACCCACCAGUGGCCUAGAUAGUGCUUCAGCUUUUUUUGUUGUUCAAACUCUUAGAAAUGUUGCUCGUGAUGGAAGGACUGUUAUCUCUUCGAUUCACCAGCCAAGCAGCGAAGUGUUUGCACUCUUUGAUGACCUUUUCUUAUUAUCUGGUGGCGAAACAGUUUAUUUUGGUGAAGCAAAAAUGGCAAUAGAGUUUUUUGCUGAAGCUGGUUUUCCUUGUCCACGUAAAAGAAACCCUUCUGAUCACUUCCUCCGAUGUAUCAAUUCUGACUUCGACAUUGUAACAGCUACACUGAAGGGAUCUCAAAGAAUUCCUGACGUUCCAAAUUCAUCAGAUCCUUUCAUGAAUCUGGCUACAGCACAGAUUAAGGCAAUGCUAGUUGAGAAAUAUAGGCGUUCAAAGUAUGCCAGAAGGGCAAAAGACAGGAUUCAAGAACUAUCAACCAAUGAAGGGCUUGAAACUGAGACACAAAAUGGAAGUCAAGCUAGUUGGUGGAAGCAACUCUUGACUUUGACAAGGAGAUCAUUUGUCAACAUGUGUAGAGAUGUGGGUUACUACUGGUUGAGGAUUAUAAUUUACAUCAUUGUAUCUAUAUGUGUUGGAACUAUUUAUUUUGAUGUUGGCUAUAGCUACACUUCGAUCCUGGCUCGCGGUGCCUGUGGUGCAUUUAUAUCAGGAUUUAUGACAUUCAUGUCAAUUGGAGGCUUUCCAUCAUUUAUUGAAGAAAUGAAGGUUUUUUAUCGAGAAAGGCUUAAUGGAUAUUAUGGAGUUGCAGCAUAUAUUUUAGCCAAUUUCCUUUCUUCUUUCCCAUUCUUGGUUGCUAUUGCUCUUACUUCUAGCACCAUCACUUAUAACAUGGUGAAGUUCCGGCCAGGAUUCAGUCACUUUGUGUUUUUCACUCUCAACAUCUAUAGCUGCAUCUCUGUAAUCGAGAGCCUAAUGAUGGUUGUAGCUUCACUUGUUCCAAAUUUCCUCAUGGGAAUAAUUACAGGGGCUGGAAUAAUUGGAAUCAUGAUGAUGACCUCUGGAUUCUUCAGGUUGCUAUCUGAUCUUCCAAAGCCGGUUUGGCGCUACCCGAUUUCAUAUAUCAGUUAUGGCGCAUGGGCAAUACAGGGUUCCUACAAGAAUGACUUGCUUGGGCUUGAGUUUGAACCUCUGAUACCUGGUGACCCAAAAUUGACAGGAGAAUACGUCAUCACACACAUGUUAGGCAUUGAAUUGAACCAUUCCAAGUGGUGGGACUUAGCAGCACUAAUAGUCAUUCUCAUAUUUUACAGAGUUCUGUUCUUUACUGUUCUGAAGUUGAAGGAAAGAGCAUCUCCAUUAUUUAAGACACUUUAUGCCAAGAGAACCUUACAACAGCUUGAAAAAAGACCUUCUUUCAGGAAGAUGCCAUCUUUCCCUUCCCAGAGGCAUCAACCCCUCCAUUCACUGUCUUCUCAAGAGGGUCUUGAUUCUCCACUCCAGUAGAAGAAGAAGCACAAAGAUAUGUUAUAAUUUCUGUUGGAUUUUUCUGAUUAGUGGCUUUCAUCAGCUUAACAUACAAAAUUGCAUUUGUUCUGUUAGCAUAUAUAUAAUUAUAUAUAUAUAUACAGGAAAUGUUUCAUAACCGUUCCAAUUAAGGUACAAACAUAGACAAACGGGACAUUGUGUCCUUGGAUUACAUUUUUUUUUAAUUAAAAUAUUUAAACUGGAAUAAUUA